CCCCCUCCUCCCCCAUCUCUGUGUCGCUCAAUGAGCCCCGCCGCGAUGGCUGCCUGGCCGCUGCUGCUGCUCGUUCUACCGCUGCUCACACCGGCGCAACAAGAUUGCAGUGUCUCCUUGCCCGCUGAAACUAUUCAGAAAACGCCGCAAGGCUCGGUCCUGUUCUCGGCUGCCACAACGACGCCUCCGAGAUGCCAACUCGCGCUCGAGAGCACCGCGUGGACCGUCAGCCCGAAGGCGGACAGAGGUGCGCACGGCUGGCACGGGGUGCGGGUCGCAUCGUUCAACGGCUCGGCCAUCGUGGAGCCGGAGUACCUGGGAAAAGCCUGGACCUACAGCGAAGGCACCUCCAACGCCUCGCUCCUCGUCAAAAAUCUCACGAUAUACGACUCGGGAUACUACACGGUCACGGCCGUGUGGAGGUCGCCCAGUGGGAUUCGGCAGUCCGAGAGCACUCAGCCCCUCUCUGUCCGCAGUGAUUGCAGAAUCUCCAUGCCCAGAAAGCCCAUUCAGACAGAAGUGGGAGGAUCGGUUCUGUUUUCGGCUCAAAUAACCGCGGCUCCAAGGUGCAGGCUCGCGAGCGUGGUGUGGGUCAAGGCGAGGUACAAUGACAAAGACACAACCAGUGCCGAAGCUCCACUACAGGUCGCGGCGUUCAACGGCUCGGCCCGUGUGCACCCACGCUACCGAGGCAGAGCCUGGCUCUACGGCGGAAACUCCUCCAAGUCCUGGCUCUCCGUGAAGUCCCUCACGAGAUACGACUCCGGAUUCUACCUGGUCACGGCGACGUGGGGCUCGGACGAGGGGGAAGUGCAGUCUGAGAGCAGACAGCUGCUGUCCGUUCAUUAUGCCUGCGAGGUUCGGACCCAGCAUGCGUCGCUCCGCUCUGCUCGGCACGAGACGGCGACUCUGUUGUGCCGCGCCCGCUCUCCGCUCUGCGCCCUCGAGGUGGUCGCAUGGUUCAGGAUCAUAUCGAUGCAAGAUCGCGAGCUCAUCCUGCUCCACAACGGGAGUGACCUGAGCCGCCUGGGACCCAACUACGUGGGAAGGGCAGCGGGCGUCCGGCUGUUGUGGUCGAGGCCAGAUGACGCCUCGCUGGUCCUCGCCAACGUCAGCCUCGGAGAUGCCGGCAAAUACGAGUGCCAACACGAGUGGAGGCAGGGAGGUGGAUUCGAGUUCAGCGUCGCCGACAUUAUGCUCACGGUCACCAAAGACAAAAUCACCGAAGUGGCCACAUCACCCACGACAAAGACAACAACAACAACAACAGAACAAGAUGUCCCCCUUCGUUCAGCAGAAAAUGGAGCUCACGGGUACAUUGCGCCUGCUGUGUCGGGGGUGACGAUCCUGGUCUUGGUGCUGGCGGUCUCCCUUCUGGCUUUUUAUUUCAAACGUGCACAGAGGACUCGCAUCGAGAAUGCGCUGCGCCGUCAGCAGCAGAAUACCUACGACAAGCUGGAGCUGUCGCAGGUUCGGACGUGGAGAUUCUCCCCCGUGGCACUGCCCCAGCACCAGGUUGGGUCCACUGAGGAUCUGCGGACAAUCGUCGGGACCUAACUCUCAAUGAGGCGGCGUCGAUAUAUCUCCAUUUAGUUCUGGCUGAUGAAAGAAGAAAAGGCUUCAUAUUCUUGGUUCUCCUCCUGGUUCUGUCGGUAAAGUCACGUAGAAUGAGAAUAAUACAAUAAAACAAAAUAAGACAAUAACAUUCUCACGACGUUUCGGCCACAACACAAG